UUAAAUAAGGUAUAUGCGUGAACUUCUGCCUUUCAAACAUCGCGAGAUUAUUAGCUGGCUCAAAAUGUUCUAGUUACUGUAUUUAAACGCCUCAUGGUCUCAUCUGUCUCAUAGGCUAAGUGAUGUUAUAUGUGAGCGUGUUGAGAAAGACCAGAGCAGAGGGACCCGGUGUCUCCAGGGAAGGAGGAGACGGCGCGGUGAUCUAUUGGUUUCUCAAUGAAAUCCACCUCUCAGUCUGCAGGAGGCUGUGCGCGUGGACCGUAAGCGGAUCCUGUUGUCAAAUCUUCACACAUUCACAGCCGGAAGGGACAGAUUCCUGUGUCUGUUUCGCCGGAGUUUAGCGCGUUGGGUCUCGAGCGCAAACUUCCAACAUGAGUGAGUUACACGAGGAUCUCGCCAAGAUGUUGCGCGUUAAAGAGGAGAGGAUAAAGGAGAUGGAGAGGCUGCUUUCAGCCAAAGAGCGCGAGGUCAGCGAGCUGAAGAGAAAACUGCACAAAUAUCAGUCUGUGCUGCCGAGCGCUAUCGGACCCAGAACCAGACGCGCGCCGGGCAUCUCAGCCGAACCGCAGACCUUCAGAUCCUUCCAGGACUUAAAGAGUAAAGCACUGCGCAAACACUCCAAAUCUGACAGGUCUAAAGAACUCAUCAAAGAGGCAAUUCUUGACAAUGACUUCAUGAAGAAUCUGGAGCUGUCUCAGAUCCAGGAGAUCGUGGACUGCAUGUAUCCGGUGGAGUAUGAAAAAGAGAGCUGUAUCAUCAAAGAGGGAGAUGUGGGCUCGCUGGUCUACGUCAUGGAAGAUGGAAAAGUGGAGGUGACCAAGGAGGGCAUGAAACUCUGCACGAUGGGGCCGGGGAAGGUGUUCGGAGAGCUCGCCAUCCUCUACAACUGCACCAGGACUGCCACAGUUAAGACCCUCACAAAUGUGAAGUUAUGGGCCAUCGACCGGCAGUGUUUCCAGACCAUCAUGAUGAGAACUGGUCUCAUCAAACAAACAGAAUACAUGGAGUUCCUGAGGAGCGUUCCAACGUUUCAAGGCCUUUCAGAAGAAAUCCUCAGUAAACUAGCUGACGUUCUGGAGGAGACGCACUACGGUGAUGGAGAGUACAUUAUUAGACAAGGUGCCAGAGGGGACACAUUCUUUAUCAUUAGCAAAGGAAAGGUGAACGUCACUCGGGAGGAUUCUCCCAACGGGACCCCUGUCUACCUGCGGGCGCUGGGUAGAGGAGAUUGGUUUGGAGAAAAAGCACUUCAAGGAGAAGACAUCAGGACGGCUAAUGUCAUCGCUGCUGAAGCGGUCACCUGUCUCGUCAUCGACAGAGAGUCCUUCAAGCAUUUGAUAGGAGGUCUGGACGACGUCUCAAACAAAGGCUACGAUGAUGCUGGUGCCAAACUGAAAUAUGAGGCCGAGAACGCCUUCUUCUCCAACCUGAAGCUGGUGGACUUCAACAUCAUCGAUACCUUGGGUGUUGGAGGAUUCGGGAGAGUCGAGCUGGUGCAGCUCAAGAGCGACGAGACCAAAACGUUUGCCAUGAAGAUCCUGAAGAAGCGUCACAUCAUCGACACGCGGCAACAGGAGCACAUCCGCUCGGAGAAACAGAUCAUGCAGGAGGCGCAUUCAGACUUCAUCGUGAGACUGUACAGGACCUUCAAGGACAGCAAAUAUCUGUACAUGUUGAUGGAGGCUUGUCUGGGAGGAGAACUUUGGACCAUUCUUCGAGACAGAGGAUCAUUUGAAGACUCCACCACACGGUUCUACACCGGCUGUGUGGUGGAGGCCUUCGCUUACCUGCAUUCCAAAGGAAUCAUUUACCGCGAUUUAAAGCCGGAAAAUCUCAUCCUGGAUCACAGAGGCUACGCCAAGCUGGUGGAUUUCGGCUUUGCUAAAAAGAUCGGAUUCGGGAAGAAAACCUGGACUUUCUGUGGGACGCCGGAGUAUGUAGCUCCAGAGAUCAUCCUCAACAAAGGCCACGAUAUCUCCGCAGAUUACUGGUCUUUGGGAAUCCUCAUGUACGAACUCUUGACUGGAAGUCCGCCCUUCUCAGGACCAGAUCCGAUGAAGACUUACAAUAUCAUUUUAAGAGGGAUUGACAUGAUAGAGUUUCCAAAGAAGAUCACCAAAAAUGCCGGCAAUCUCAUCAAAAAACUAUGCAGGGACAAUCCAUCAGAGAGACUAGGAAACUUGAAAAACGGAGUGAAAGAUAUCCAGAAGCACAAAUGGUUCGAGGGCUUUAAUUGGGAAGGACUUCGCAAAGGAACUCUCACCCCUCCAAUUAUUCCUGACGUCGCGUCCCCGACCGACACCAGUAACUUUGAUAGUUUUCCUGAAGACAGCGAAGAUCCGCCCCCAGAUGACAACUCGGGCUGGGACACCGAUUUUUAAAACUGAAUGCGUUAACGUGCUGCCCGGAGCGUCCCGUGCCGUGGGGCGGCCUGUGCUCGAGGAGGACAGAGGACAAGAGAUAAAGUUUGGAUCUGUGACACCGAGAUGCCUUCAUCCAUAAUUCUCCCGUGGUGAGAUGCAC